UUGUACAUCGAGUCAGAGAGAACUUUAUUCUCAAGGUCAAGUUUCAAGGUCCAUUGUGAUAUGUAUCCGAACCAGGGACUUAUGUUUAAUGAAUUCCCACUGGACCAACAUACUCUUCGAGAUCUCAACCGCCAUGAAAAAAGUUUAGGUCUUCUCACGGAAAAGUUCGUUCAGCUUCUUAAAGAGGCUCCAGAUGGAAUUUUGGACCUUAAGAUGGCGGCAGAUUUCCUAGCUGUGAGGCAAAAAAGAAGGAUCUAUGACAUUACGAAUGUUUUGGAAGGUAUAGGUCUGAUAGAAAAACGAACGAAGAACAGUAUUCAGUGGAAGGGCGGAAGUGCAGCUACAAACGGACCUGAUAUUCAAGCUCGUCUAGAUGAACUUCAAGCUGAAGUUGAGUAUUUAGAAAAUCUUGAAAAAAAAGUUGAUGAACAUAGAGGAAAAGUUUUACAGUCACUGAAAAAUGUUCAAGAGGAUUUAGAUAAUCUGCAAUACGCUUAUGUUACUCACCAAGAUCUGAUUAAUAUUUUUCAAGAUCGUACAAUGCUGAUAAUACGUGCACCACCUGGAACUAAACUGGAAGCACCUGUACCUGAAAAUCCUAUGGAGCAACAACCUGUUCAAACGAUUUUCUCAUUAAAGCGUUCAUACAAAGUUCAUGUGAAAAGCUUCACAACACCGAUUCACGUCUUAUUGGUAAAUCAAGAAGAGGGUAGUGACAAAGCUCGUGUACUCCCUGUACCAGCAACUUCGGACUCGAUUGCUCUCGCUCGUCGUCCCGCCGCGAAAUCUAAUGAAGAGAAAGCAUUUGUGAGUCCAUUAUUGCCACUCAGUCCACCUCCCAGUGAAUGUGAUUUCAACUACAAUUUGGAAGAUACAGAAGGUGUCUGCGAUUUAUUUGAUAUUCCUGUUAUCUCUACAUCUGCCAACUGACUAUUUAUUGUACGCUUUCGACAAAACAAUAAAACCCAUAUAAAUAAGUAAA